UCGAUUGUUUACCACCUCUGGAAAGGAGCUGUUUUCAUAUUUUUACCUAAAUUGACAUUGGAAACUUUUAUUGUGAUGUUAUUGCUGUCCGAUUCCUUAUAAAAUCCCUUGAAGUUGAUGGUAGCUGGUUAUUUGAAAAAGAGACGCUGAGUUUCACCAUGAAAAUCAACGAAAAGAAUCUGUGUGUUUUUGCUUCAACUCCACCAUACGACAAAGAAGGCUUCCUUUACAAGAGAGGCGAGGUCAACAAGGCAUUCCAGCGAAGAUAUUUUGUCCUCAAGGGAAAUUUACUCUUCUACUUUGAGAAAAAGGGCGACAAGGAACCAUUGGGCCUAAUAAUUGUUGAAGGUUGCACAAUAGAAUUGUCCGAAGAAAGCGAUCAAUAUUGGUUCGAGAUUGCCUUCAAUGGAAAUCGUACGUAUAUCUUACAGGCCGAAUCACAGGAAAGUAUGGAGUCCUGGAUGAAGGCAUUAACCUGUGCCGGCUAUGAGUAUAAAAAAUUGAUGGUCGAUGAAUUGCAAAGACAACUGGAAGAAAUUGAAGGUUCUCGUAAUAAAAUUACAACGGAAACUGUGACCAGUUCUACGGCAACGUUAACACCUAAACCUCCACCACGUCGAACAAAUCCAUUUAAUCGCCCGGCUCCUCCUAUCCCCGGUACAAAUGGCAACGAUAAUAAUAUGCCAUUUAUAAAUGGUCAUUUCGGUUCUUCAUCACAACGCAACACUCAAUUGAGUAACGAAACUAGUCCAGUUGCACCGCCCAGAGGAAUACCGCCAAGCUCAAAUUUUACACCUGGUGUAAUAAGUACGGCCAGAAGUGAGUUUUAUGUUCCUACACAGACAACAAUACAACCUCUACGUCAACCACAACAACAACAACAACAACAACCGGCCGCCAAUAAACAUCAUCUCAAUGCUAAUAUAGCAUCUAUUGCAGUAUUUAAACCAUCUCUAGUUGAUUUACAAAAUCACAAUAAACCAAUCAACUUUGAAGACAUACAUGAACAGUUUCGUCAGCUUGUCAUGAAGGAUGUGCUGGCGUAUCAAGCCCAACGGGAGGUCAAACGGAGGCCAUUGAUUGAAUUAUAAAAAUAAUAUUGUACCAUAAUAAUAAGCUAAUGAAAUUCUGUUUUUUUACUUCCCAUGGGAGGGUCCUUCAUGCUAUUGGUUCCCUUCCAAAUAAUGCAGUUAAAACUAAAAGCAUACAAAGUAGGCAUAUUGGCAUUGGUGUUAAUGUGAAGGAGAUACCAUUUACAAUUUUUCAACAUUACUAAUACAUGAGUUUCUAUUUAUUUUAUUUACACAUAUUUUUUUAAUUAUGUUUCUCUAAACAUGUCAAAUUGUCAUCUAACAUAUUAUUCUAAAUUACUGUUAUGUAGCAAACAAUUGAUAUGUUUUAGCUCUUAAUUAUUUCUUGUUAAGUAUUAGGAUUUGUAAGAAUCAAAAUAAAAAAAAUGCUAUACGAAGUGA